UCACAGACAGCUAGAUCACGCGCUUUUGGUUGCUUUUUGCCAUCUCUAACAUCAUUUUGUGACUCCGUUCAGACCAGGAAAAUGUACGCAGCUGUUAUCCUGCUCGUCUUCAUGUGUCUGACGGCCACCACUCAUGCAGAUCAUCAUCAACAAAAACCCUGUCAUUUACCCAAUGCAACAGGGGUCAUGAAUGUGCAGAUGGACCUAAAGGAUCCAGUGAACGCACUCGGUGAAUUCACCUACGACUCAACGGGCAACAAGCUACGGUUCAGAUCGUACGAGAACUUCCCCAACGCUUCACGAUAUCUGGAUCUGCUGAUGUUUUUCGAAGAGGGGAUACUGUACGAGAUUAACAGCAAGAACCAGAGCUGCGAGAAGAAAAAAGUGCAACACAACGACCACAUUCUACGUAUUCCCAAGGAUGCCCAGUUCCUGAGUACGAUGACUUUAGGGAAUCCGUCUGCUGUUGGAGAGGGAUUAGAAUUCAGCGUGUGGACAGGGUCAAUGGCAGAUAACACAGGCAAAUAUGUUAUUUCUGUAACUAAGGGAUGUUUGCCUUUGAGCUCCACCUACUAUGGAGGGCCCACAAACGUCAUUUUAUUCAGCUUUAUGAACCUUCAAAGCGAGAUCAAGAACCCUGAGGUCCUCGAGGUGCCUUCCUUUUGUGAGGGACUUCCCGUAGAGGAGACAGUAAACCGUUUCCUCGAGGUGCUCAUGUAGAAGAAGUCUCACCAGCAGAUUAAAUUAAACCCCUAUCAGAGCAUGUCCGGCCACAACUGUAGACUUUUCUCUUCUUCUGUUUCCAUCACAUCUUCCUUAUAAGAUCUCUAAGAAGAUAUAAUUUUGAACAGCUCAAAUAGACUGCCCGUCCAAAAAAAAGCCCCCAAAAAACACACUAAUAUUUUGUUGAACCGCAUUUAGCUUUGAUUGUGUCACUCAUUUGCUGUGUUUCGAUAAGUUUCUGCAAUGUCACAGCUAGGGCUGGACCCAAAUGUCCAAAUAUUUGGUCGUGACAGGGGUAUCCGAAUAUUUAUUUUGAGAUCCGAAUAUUUGGAUUUCAAUUUAACUUACUCAAGUCUGAGACAAAAAAAAAAAAAAACGACAAAUUUAGCGUAACUGCACCAAUUUUGGUGCAGUUUUGCAAUUUUGGUUCUUCAGGUUCUUGAUGGGUCUAAGUCAGGACUUCAGGAAGACCAGUCUAGAAGCUUCAUUCUAGCCUGAUGGAACCAUUUCUUUACCACGUCUUAUGUGUGUUUGGGCUCACGGUCUUGUUGAAACAUCCAACUGUGUCCAAGAUCAACGUUCUGCUGAUGGUUUUAGGUUUUCCUGAAGAACAUGGAGGUAAUUCUCUGUCUUCAGUAUUCCAUUUACUUUGUGUAAAGUUCCAGUUCCAUAGAGCAUGAUACUGCCACCACCAUGCUUGGUGGUAUGUUUGGUGUUCUUAGGAUUAAAGAAAGUCCGAGUCCUGCCUAAGGCAGCCUGGAACCAGUCCUCAAAAAGUCUUAAACCAGGACCAAAAUUAAACCUAAGCUACUCCUAAAAAAGUCGAAGACAUGAUAAAACCAGUCCUAAACCAGUCCUUAAAAGGUCUAAAACCAAGACCAAAAUCAAACCUAAACUUGUCCAAAGAAACGCCCAGAACCAGUCGGAAUACAGUCUGAAACCAGUCCUAAAAAACCCAACACAAAGUCAGGACCAAAACCAAACCCGAACUAGUGCACCUAUCAUUUAGGAACAGGGUAAAUUUGGACUAGAAGGCAAAAUUGAAGCAUUUUUUUUCUCCAUUAAACUUUGCUGAUUAGUGGUUUUCUUAGUGGUACACAGCAGUUUAGUCCCAAUCCUUGGGGUUCCGUUCACAUUGUGCAUAUAGGAAUGCUUUUGAUUUCACUAUUAAACAUAGCUAUCAGUUCUACUGUUGGUUUCCUACGAUCAUCUAACAGUUUGUUCCUUAAGAUGAUGGUUCACCACUAUCCUUUCGGUUUUAAGAAUACGUUGGACAGUUCUUAACCUGAUUUUAGUAGUUUCAUCUCCUUAGUUCUUUGCUUGAUGCAGGCCAAUAAUUUGACCCUUCUGAGACAGAUUAACAUCCUUUCCGUGACCACAGGAUAUGUCUUCCAACAUGGUUGUCUAAGAAAUGAGAAGGUCCUCACUGCAUCAGCUAGGGUUAAAGAAGUUGUUGAACUAUACUCAUCACUGCAGUAAUUAUCCAAAGGAAGCAACGCUGAUUAUAGAAUUAGUGAUAAUCUCUAACAGCCAGAGGCUUUUCAAGGUGGUCCUGAUUACAAAACCUGUAAGAUAUGAUUAAAGGAACAUUAAAAUGUCAAA